AUGAAGACUCUAAACUUCGCAAUCUACAUCACCGUGGUCUUAUCACUUCUUCUGCUCGUCACUCCUUCCCCAGCAGAUGCACGAACCUUAGCAACGGUUCAGGAAACCCUUGAUGAGGUCGCAGCUAGGCUGCGUCAAGAGGCUGAUGCUGCCUGGGCCGAGCUCGAAGCAGCGGAGGAGCUCACAAUGACGCGCGCCGAUGAGGAAGCCGUCGCUAACGCCACCGUUGACUCCGCGAAAACGGCCGCUCAGGCGGCGAACGCGGCGUUUGCUGCGGCGAAGGCCAACGCGGCGAGCAACAAGACCGCGGCGGAAGCGGCUAAGAAGACAGUCAACGCUCUCAAGAAAACGGUCGCGGGGAUUCAGAAGAAGGCCGAAGGCAAGAAGGCGUACGAGAAAGCCCAAGACGAGCUCAAGAAGGCGGAAGAGAAGGCCGCGCAGGCCAAGACGAAGAAGGAGAAAGCGCUCGCGACAGCGGCAGCGCAGCAAAAACUCGCAGACGACGCGACCAAAGCCGCGGGAAGCGCCAAGGGAAAAGACGCGUCGAAGGCGAAGGAGAAGGCGAAGGGCGAGCAGAAGAAGGCCGAUGAGAUGAGGAAGAGCGCCGACGGCGCGGCGGCGGAGGAGACGGCGGCCAAGGCGGAGGCGGAAAAAGCGAGGGCGAACGCGGCGAAGACGCCGAACCCUGCGCUCACGCCGGAUGAGCAGGCAGCGCUGGAUAAGUACAACGCUGCGGUCGCCGCUGCGGCGAAGGCGGAGGCGGACGCCAAGACCGCGGAGGCGGAGCUGAAGGCGGCGGAAAAAGCGGUCUCUUCCGCCAAGGCGGCGCUUUAUAAGGCGAAGGCGGCGCUGACCUCCGCGACGGCGCGCAGGGUGGAGGCGGACAAGAUAGCGGAGAUUAAGAAGGCUGCGGCGGAAGCGGCGGAAGAUGCGGCGGUUGCUGCGGAGGAGAAGGCCAGGAACGCUGGCGCGCCAGGCUCGGAGGCUGCUCCAGGUUCGGAGGCGGCGCCAGGUUCGGAAGCGGCCCCAGGUUCGGAAGCUGCGGUGCUGCCCUUGUAUGCUGAAUAA